AUGACUAAGGAAGUAGAUGGGACCGAACAACCGGAGAAAAUUCCCUUGUACCAUUCUCCGUUUUGGAUUCGAAUUAAACACUUGCCUCUCAAUUGUCGGUCUAAUUCUAACGUCAAGGAGUUAGUCUCAAAUAUGGGCGAAGUUGUUGAGAUUGAAGAGGAUCCUCUUGGUCUUGACUGUACCCGUAGAGUGAAGGUAAUGCUAAAUGUAACAAAACCUCUGCAUAGAGUUCAAAGAGUCCGUGACAAGUGUGGCAACAUUGUAUUGGUGGAAUUUGCUUAUAAGAGGCUUCCUUUCUUUUGCUAUGCGUGUGGAGUAAUAGGACAUUCCGAUCGCGAUUGUGUUAUGGUGUCCGAAAAAAGCAAAAAGAAACGCUUGGGUGGGGGAGAUGGCUGA